AUAAUACGAACGUUUUGUGGAAUAGUGUGGUCUAAUUUCCAAAGGUAAAAUAAAUUCAUAAAAAUUGUUUCUUUUCAGCUAGUUAUUGGUUUAAUCUCAUUAAAAGGGUAAAAGUUAAAUAUCCAAGAUUAAACAUUUCUCAGACUUGUUUAUCUGUAAAGGAGUAAUAGGAAGAAUAACUUAUCGGGGUAGCAAUCAUUGCAACGAUGGCAUCGUCAGAGGUAUCAUUUAGCAGGAAGAUUACAGAAGAUCUCUCAAAUGUUGAAUUCGACACAAGUGAAGAUGUGGAAGUUAUUCCAACCUUCGAUUCUAUGAACUUGAGAGAUGAAUUGUUACGAGGAAUCUAUACAUAUGGAUUUGAAAAGCCAUCUGCAAUUCAACAAAGAAGUAUUCUGCCUAUAGUUAAAGGCCGAGAUGUUAUCGCCCAAGCACAGUCCGGUACAGGCAAGACAGCAACAUUUUCUAUCUCAAUACUUCAAUCGUUGGACACCACAUUACGUGAGACUCAAGUAUUGAUCCUUUCACCUACAAGAGAGUUGGCUACCCAAAUUCAAAAAGUUAUAUUAGCUCUAGGAGAUUAUAUGAAUGUACAAUGCCAUGCUUGUAUAGGUGGAACCAAUUUGGGUGAAGAUAUUAGGAAGUUGGAUUAUGGACAGCACGUAGUCUCUGGAACCCCAGGAAGAGUCUUUGAUAUGAUAAGAAGGCGUGUACUUCGAACACGUUCCAUUAAGAUGCUUGUUCUUGAUGAAGCUGAUGAAAUGUUAAACAAAGGAUUUAAAGAGCAGAUUUAUGAUGUCUACCGUUAUCUGCCUCCAGCAACUCAAGUUGUAUUAAUAUCUGCUACAUUACCCCAUGAAAUUCUUGAAAUGACUUCCAAGUUUAUGACAGAUCCUAUCAGGAUUUUGGUAAAACGUGAUGAACUCACACUCGAAGGAAUAAAACAAUUCUUUGUAGCUGUAGAACGUGAAGAAUGGAAGUUUGACACAUUGUGUGAUUUAUAUGACACAUUAACUAUUACACAGGCAGUUAUAUUUUGUAAUACCAAGAGGAAGGUGGAUUGGUUGACACAAAAAAUGCAAGAGGCUAACUUUACAGUUAGUUCAAUGCAUGGAGAUAUGCCUCAGAAGGAAAGAGACAACAUUAUGAAGGAAUUUAGAUCAGGGCAAAGCCGGGUUCUCAUUACAACAGAUGUCUGGGCUAGAGGAAUAGAUGUUCAACAAGUCUCAUUGGUCAUUAACUAUGACUUGCCAAACAACCGUGAAUUGUACAUUCACAGAAUUGGCAGAUCAGGACGUUUUGGACGUAAAGGUGUUGCAAUCAACUUUGUAAAAUCUGAUGAUAUCAGGAUUUUAAGAGAUAUUGAACAAUACUACUCAACCCAAAUUGAUGAGAUGCCUAUGAAUGUGGCAGAUUUAUUCUAAUCUACUUUUUAAUUAUUCAUUCUAAAUACAAAUAAAUGUAAUUUAGGUUAUACCUUACUGUAUGUUUCUAAUAUAAUUCUUAAUAAAU